GCAUGUGUGUAUGGAAAGCUUGUUGUUAGCUGGAUUCAAAACGACCCAAUUGCACGCUCUGUUUAAUUUUCCAAACCACUGAAACACAUUUUUACUUUUUAGGUUUUUAACCCGGAAAAACAAUGGAUGUCGGAGAGCUCCUUAGCUAUCAGCCUGAUAGAGGAGCAAAGCGUCCCAGAGAGGAGGAUGGAGGGUCAGCAGGUGGAGAUGAAGACUCCAGAGGAGGGAAGCUGCAGAAGGGGAUGAGUGCCAGGGACUUGGCCAGGUUCCGGGAAGCAGCGGCUGCAGCAGGAGUUGAUGUUGGGGGUGAACUGGGGGAUGUGGAGGAGCUGACUGGGGACAAGAAGAAGAUCCUGGAGAAACUGAUGGAUCAGGAUGAAGAGGAACCUGAGGCCGAGCCGGUGGAUGAGAGUUCAGUGAAGAAGAUGAUCCUGACCUUUGAGAAGCGGUCGUACAAAAAUCAGGAGCUGAGGAUUAAGUUUCCAGACAACCCAGAGAAGUUUAUGGAGUCUGAGCUGGAUCUGAACGACAUCAUCCAGGAAAUGCACGUGAUCGCCACAAUGCCCGACCUGUACCACCUGUUGGUGGAGCUCAAUGCCGUCCAUUCACUGCUGGGCCUCCUCAGUCAUGAAAAUACUGAUGUCGCCAUAGCUGUGGUGGACCUGCUGCAGGAGCUGACAGAUAUCGACACUCUCCAUGAAAGCGAGGAGGGGGCAGAGGUGCUCAUAGAUGCUCUGUUGGAGGGUCAAGUGGUGGCCUUGCUGGUGCAGAAUAUGGAUCGGCUGGAUGAACAGGUGAAGGAGGAGGCUGAUGGCAUCUUUAACACACUGGCUAUCAUAGAAAACAUGGCGGAGUUCAGACCAGGCCUGUGCACAGAGGCGGCUCAGCAGGGACUCAUGCAAUGGCUGCUCAAGAGAAUCAAGGCAAAGAUGCCUUUUGAUGCUAACAAGCUGUACUGCAGUGAAAUCCUGGCUAUCUUGCUGCAAAACAAUGACAAUACAAGAGAACUACUGGGAGAGAUGGAUGGCAUUGAUGUGUUACUGCAGCAACUAUCUGUCUUCAAACGUCACAACCCAUCCACAGCCGAGGAGCAGGAGAUGAUGGAGAACCUUUUCGACGCUCUGUGCUCCUGCCUCAUGCUGCCAGCCAACCGGGACCGCUUCCUCCGAGGGGAGGGGCUUCAGCUGAUGAAUCUCAUGCUGAGGGAAAAGAAAAUGUCUCGGACGAGUGCUCUGAAGGUCCUGGACCAUGGGAUGAUUGGACCAGAGGGAUCCGAUAACUGCCAUAAGUUUGUGGACAUCCUGGGCCUGCGAACAAUCUUUCCACUUUUCAUGAAAACCCCGAAGAAGAUGAGGAAAACCGGCACGUCAGAGAAGGAGCAUGAAGAACACGUCUGCUCCAUCAUCGCCUCCAUGCUGAGAAACCUCAAAUCCCAACAGAGAAGCCGACUGCUCACCAAGUUCACAGAAAACGACUGCGAGAAGGUUGAUCGGCUGAUGGAGUUGCAUUUUAAGUACCUGGAGGCUGUUCAACAGGCUGACAAGAGGAUCGAAGGAGAGAAACAUGAGAUGGUUCGGAGGGGGGAGAUCCUGGAUGACAGUAUGGAGGAUGAGUUCUACCUUCGCCGCCUGGAUGCUGGAUUGUUUGUCCUUCAGUUGAUUUGCUACAUCAUGGUGGAGAUCAGCAGCUCAGGGAUCUCUCAGCUUCAGCAGAGGGUCCACCAAAUUCUCAACCUUCGAGGAGGCUCUGUCAAAGUAGUGCGGCAUGUCAUGAGAGAAUACGCCGAGAGCAUUGGAGACGGAAAGACUGAGGAGUUCAAAGAGGCAGAGAAGAAAAGGAUCAUGGACCUUGCAGAGAACUUCUGAUCAAAAAUCUUUUCUUCCCCUGACUCUUAUAAGACUGUUUUUACAUGCAACAUCAGAACUCUGCUUCUGGACUGACGGUGAACUUGAGCCAGUAACAUAAUGAAAUCAGGGGCAUGUUUACCUGCACAGCAAUACUGAGAUGACUGGUUAAAGGUUAUUUACAAGUUUGUAAGGGGAAAAGUUUUGAAUAACCUGAUUUUUUUUUUUUUUUUUUUUUUUUUUUGAAAAAAUGUAUGAUGUAUAAACUUGUGUUAUUAGAGAAAAUGUCCUAUUUCAUGGGUAAUUUUUGUUUUUUUUUAAUAUGUUUUUCUUGUAAUAAGCACAAUCUUAAUGUGUUUAAAGGCUGGUUAAAAUCAAAGAUUGCUGUGCAUGCAAACUUCCUAUAAUCAGUCUGAUUUUAUUUUGAAAAGCAGAAGAUUGUAGCCCGACCGAAACAGAGAAAAUGAGAUAUACUCAGAGCGACUGCAGAUAAUUACAGACAGACUUUGCAGACAUCUGCAAACUUAAUAUCUCUCCCUCGACUCUCCCGCUUUACCUGCUUUGUUUGUUUUGGA